AUGAAUAGCGCAUCCGGAUCGCAGCACCAACUCGGAUCGUCGGCGUCCAGCACGCGCGACGAUUCCACCAUUGUGGGAUUGCAUUAUCGGAUCGGCAAAAAAAUCGGUGAGGGGUCGUUUGGCGUCCUUUUCGAAGGCACAAACAUGAUCAACGGGGUGCCCGUGGCUAUCAAGUUCGAGCCCCGCAAGUCUGAAGCUCCUCAGCUCAAAGACGAGUACCGUACGUACAAGAUAUUGGCCGGAACCGGUGGGAUCCCACAAGCGUACUAUUUCGGUCAGGAGGGCUUGCACAAUAUCCUGGUGAUCGACCUGUUGGGCCCCUCACUCGAGGAUCUGUUUGACUGGUGCGGACGCCGGUUCUCGGUGAAAACCGUUGUUCAGGUCGCCGUGCAGAUGAUCACGUUGAUCGAGGAUCUCCAUGCGCACGACUUGAUCUAUCGGGACAUCAAACCCGAUAAUUUCUUGAUCGGUCGUCCUUCAACUGCAGAGGCCAACAACGUGCACCUUAUCGAUUUUGGUAUGGCUAAACAGUACCGUGAUCCCAAGACUAAGCAACACAUUCCAUAUCGCGAAAAAAAAUCUUUGAGUGGAACUGCUCGUUACAUGUCCAUUAACACCCAUUUGGGUCGCGAACAAUCACGUAGAGACGAUAUGGAGGCACUUGGCCAUGUAUUCUUUUAUUUCCUAAGAGGACAACUGCCUUGGCAAGGUUUAAAAGCACCCAACAACAAGCAAAAAUACGAAAAAAUUGGUGAGAAGAAAAGAGUCACUAAUGUUUACGACUUAGCUCAGGGUUUACCUGUACAGUUCGGACGUUACUUAGAGGUGGUAAGAAAUUUGGCCUUUGAAGAAACCCCUGAUUAUGAAGGUUACAGAAAGUUAUUUCUUUCGAUACUCGAUGAUAUGGGUACGGAAGCAGAUGGUGAAUAUGACUGGAUGAAACUCAACGGGGGUCGUGGUUGGGACUUGAACAUUAACAAGAAACCUAAUCUACACGGUUACGGCCACCCUAACCCACCUAAUGACAAAGGCAGAAGGCACAGAAACAAAUAUGCACAGGCACAAGGAAUGGAUCCGCAACAGCAGAUUCGCUACCAACAACAGCAGCUGCUUCAUCAACAACAACAACAGCAGCAGCAGCAACAACAACAGCAACAGCAACAGCAACAACAGCAGCAACAACAGCAGCAGCAACAACUACAACAACAACAGCAGCAACAGCUUUUGCAACAGCAGCAGGCUCUACAGCAGGGCAGGCUCGAUCCAACUUCUUAUGAAGCCUACCAACAGCAAACUCAACAAAAGUACGCUCAGUUGCAACAAAAAGCUCAACCAGCUGGACGUGUAAACAGUUACAAUCAGCAAGCUGCUCAACAGCCUCAUCAGUAUAGUGCUCACCCACAGCCAAUUGCGAAACAAGCUGCUCCUAUCAAUGGAAAGAGCGCUGCUGAUGGUACUUCUGUGUCGUCAAAGAAAGGUUUUUUCGCAAAACUUGGUUGUUGUUAG